UAUUAAUGUAAAUCUCUUCUAAAUAUAUUAAAUUAUUUAAUAUUAAAUUGAUUUAUUAAUUUGAAGAUUUCAAAAGUUUUUCCUAAAAGAGAAAUCAACGCGUGCUCGUCUUUCCAAACGCAAUCCUUGCCACUGGCUGAUAAAAUUACCAUUUACUUUCGACGACGCGACACCUCUCGAGUCUUGAACGGUGAAGUCUGACGACGAACGAAACAGUCAAGUCGAUCGUAAAAAGUUUCGCGUGCAUCCGCGACGAUGUGCGACGAGGAGACACGGAAUACGCAAUGUCCGGUCUUGAGGGAUUGCCGUACCGGCUCGUGUCGAGGGUAAAAAAAUAACGCGCUAGGGAUGAGCUCUUGUUGUGCAGAAAGGUCAGAGACGCCGCGCUCGCCGCUGGUGCAAUUAAUACCAGCGGUGUCGCGACCCGCGCCACCCUGGUCCGCCGUCGCGAUAAUCGAUCUGAAGAUGCAGGAGCUGUCGUCGCAGAAUUUCGUGGGGAAAUACCUGGUGCUUCUCUUCUACCCGUGCGACUUCUCGUUCGUGUGCCCGACCGAACUUAUCCAAUUUAGCGACCGCAUCGCCGAAUUCCGAGCUCUUGGCUCGGAGGUGGUAGCGAUCUCAACGGACUCGAAAUUCUCGCACUUCACGUGGGUGACGACCCCACGGAAGCAGGGAGGCUUGGGCGAGAUGAAGAUCCCGCUGCUCUCAGACAAGAGUCAUCAGAUAACGCGGGACUACGGUGUGUUGAACGAGAAGCAAGGGUACGCGUACAGAGCCCUGUUCAUUGUAGAUCGACAGCAGACUGUACGCCACGUGACGAUAAACGACGACGAUCUACCGCGAUCGGUGGACGAGGUGUUGCGGGUCGUCAAGGCCUGUUGCUUCGUGGAUAAGUAUGGCAGUGUGUGUUCUUACGGGCCGUUGCCGUCGAAGAACUCCUUCGAAGAAAACCCGGAGUACUUCAGCACGAUUUGACCUCAGAAUUGAUUUUCAUGCGCGAACUGCAUUUCCACCCGGAACUCCUCGGCUCCAUGAAUGUAAUCUUUCAUUAAUUCAAAGUGAACGAUCGUUCAAGACUUGGAUCGAUCUCGAACAAUCGCUCACGGUGAUACCGUGACGGCUAUGCGGCGAGAAAUAUUAAUAAAUGUGACCUUUCGACACAGCU